UUUGGGUUAGGUAAUGAAUUCGAGGACCAUUUGCCCAAUCGGGAAAUUUACUAAGUGGUGAGGUUUGUUCGUUGUGUUGUCGUGUCGCUGCAUUGCUCUGUCACUGUGUCGUUGUGUUACAAUAGGUACAUCAAGUCUCAAUAUUCCCGAAUCGCCAACGUUCGUCACUAUCGCAUCAAGAUGGCUCCUAUUCGUGUCGCCCUCGUUGGACUUUCGCAAUCUGCAAAGACGUCUUGGGCUGCUCAAGGUCACCUACCUUACCUUUUCUCACCACGAGGACGCUCUCAAUACGAAAUCGUCGCUCUACUUAAUUCAAGUGCCUCCGCGGCAGAAGCAGCUCGGGAUUCCUUCGCCCUUCCCUCGAACGUCAAGGCUUACGGCGAUCCGAAUGACCUAGCUUCAGAUACGAAUGUUGAUCUAGUGGUCUGUUGCACGCGCGUGGAUACACAUAGCUCGUCCACAGGACCAUCUCUACGGGCUGGCAAGGCUGUUUUCAUAGAAUGGCCCUUGGUUCAAGAUUACAAGGAAGCCGUCGCUCUGGCAGGGAAGAAACGUCUGGACAACACUAUCAUCGGACUUCAGGGACGCGUUUCCCCAAUUGUCAUCAAGCUCAAAGAGAUACUAAAAUCGGGACGUAUUGGUCGGGUACUGAGCAGCGACGUCCACACCUACGGAAAUCUUGCUAGGAGGGACUCGUUCUCGGAGGGUCUAUCGUACUUUGCGGAUCGCGAAGUAGGCGGUAACCCCAUCACGAUCGCUUACGGGCACACCAUCGACUACGUGCAUGAAGUCCUCGGGGAAUUUUCGUCUUUUCAGAGCCGCAUGCAGAUUCAGCGACCGGUGAUUGGAGUGCAUGACAAGGACGGUUCUCGGAUCAAGGAAAGAUCCACUAAUGUCCCGGAUCUCCUAGUAAUUCAUGGGAAGCUGGCUAAGGGGAAGGCCAAUAUUGCGGAUGAUGCUACUUUGUCCUUCUUCUACAGGAACGGGCCACAGUUUAAAGGGAGCCCUGGGUUCGUGUGGACUAUCAACGGCGAGUUGGGCGAGGUCAUGGUAACGGCCAACGGUGCAUACGUGCAUUCGGAUUCAUAUAAGGACCCGAUCGAGAUCAAGGUGCACGACCAUGUUACGGAUGAGGUAGUCGACGUGGAAUGGAACUGGGAGGAUUGGCAAAAGGAACUUCCGUACCGGUCUCGGAUCGUGGCAGAGUUGUACGAGAGAUUCGCGCGUUGGUGGGCUAUCGGGAAGCCGACGGGUGAUCUUCCCGACGAGCAGGAAUGGCCUCGUCUCCACGACGCUGUUAUAAGGAUGGAGGAGUUGGAUGAGGUGUUUAGGCAGUACGACGCGCAAGAGUGAGUGAGAGUUGAAACUAUCUAUGUCUAGGUACCUAGGUCCCAGGUAAGAAAGAGUGGCUAGACAUGGGGUUUAUCAUUGAAUUUAGGUUUAGUUUCUAUUAACGUUUAUGCUACUGCUAUCUAUCAGUGUCGGUCU